AAACGCAAAAGAGUUAUAAAUAGAGAAAGUGAGUGAGAAAUUUAGAGUAAUCACCUCUAAUGGCGGCCUCAGUCGACAACCGCCAGUUCAACCACCUUGAGUCCACCUUAAACGGCUUCGUUCAUCCUUAUAAAUCAGGUCCAAAUCACCGGCCUGACUCUCCCGUCCGUUCCCACAAUACUUUCAGUACUCGCAAAAAACAAUUCUUCACUGAAGAAGACGACUCCUCCAGUGAAGACGAAAAUGAGACUGGUUACAGAGAUAUGAUACGUAAAGGCAACAGCGAACUUGAACCGUCGAUCCUGGACUCUAGAGAUGAAGGAACGGCUGAUAACUGGAUCGAGCGCAACUCGUCCAUGGUCCGUCUCACAGGGAAGCAUCCCUUCAACUCCGAGCCACCACUAAACAGGCUCAUGCACCACGGUUUCAUAACCCCGAUUCCACUUCAUUACGUUCGCAACCAUGGAACCGUGCCAAAGGCAACGUGGGAUGACUGGACGGUCGAGAUAACUGGUUUGGUGAAACGACCGUCCCGGUUCACUAUGGAACAGUUGGUGAACGAGUUUUCGAGUCGUGAGUUUCCAGUGACACUUGUGUGUGCUGGCAACAGACGCAAAGAACAAAACAUGGUCAAACAAACGAUUGGCUUUAACUGGGGCGCAGCAGGAAUCUCCACUUCGGUGUGGCGCGGUGUACCAUUACGUGAUGUGCUGAAACGAUGCGGGAUCUUCAGCCGAAAACGUGGGGCCUUGAAUGUUUGUUUUGAAGGUGCUGAGGAUUUGCCAGGUGGCGGAGGGUCCAAGUACGGGACCAGCAUUAAGAAGGAGUUUGCGAUGGAUCCUUCACGGGAUAUCAUAUUAGCGUACAUGCAAAAUGGUGAGCGUUUAUCGCCGGAUCAUGGGUUCCCGGUGAGGAUGAUUAUUCCAGGAUUUAUCGGUGGACGUAUGGUGAAGUGGUUAAAGAGGAUUGUUGUAACCACCCGAGAGUCGGAUAAUUAUUAUCAUUACAAAGACAACAGAGUACUUCCUUCCCACGUUGAUGCUGAACUUGCCAAUGCUGAAGCUUGGUGGUAUAAGCCGGAACACGUAAUCAAUGAGCUAAACAUAAACUCAGUGAUAACGACACCGUGCCACGAAGAGAUCUUGCCAAUUAACUCGUGGACUACUCAGAGGCCAUACACUUUGAGGGGUUACGCAUAUUCCGGUGGCGGCAAGAAAGUGACACGUGUGGAGGUUACAAUGGACGGUGGUGAAACGUGGCACGUGUGCACUUUGGACCACCCUGAGAAGCCCAACAAAUAUGGCAAGUACUGGUGCUGGUGCUUUUGGUCCCUAGAGGUGGAGGUUCUGGACCUUCUCGGAGCCAAGGAGAUUUCGGUUCGAGCCUGGGACGAGACCCACAACACCCAGCCCGAGAAACUCAUUUGGAAUGUCAUGGGAAUGAUGAACAACUGCUGGUUCCGUGUGAAGCCAAAUGUGUGCAAGCCCCACAAGGGAGAAAUCGGAAUUGUUUUUGAGCAUCCAACGCAACCCGGAAACCAGUCCGGCGGAUGGAUGGCAAAGGAAAGGCACCUGGAGAAAUCCUCCGAUGCCAACCCAACUUUGAAAAAGAGUGUCUCAUCGCCAUUUAUGAAUACCUCUUCAAAAACUUUCUCCAUGUCCGAGGUCAAAAAGCAUAACUCGGCUGAUUCCGCUUGGAUCAUUGUUCAUGGCCACAUCUAUGAUUGUACUCGUUUCCUUAAGGAUCACCCUGGUGGCACUGAUAGUAUCUUGAUCAAUGCCGGAACUGAUUGCACGGAAGAGUUUGAUGCAAUUCAUUCUGAUAAAGCAAAGAAAAUGCUUGAAGAUUAUCGUAUUGGCGAGUUGAUAACCACUGGUUACACUUCUGAUUCCUCUGCCUCAUCCCCAAAUAACUCUGUGCAUGACGCAUCUAAUGCGGUCACCCAUUUAGCACCCAUCAAAGAGGUUGCGCCUACAAGAAGUGUGGCUCUUGUUCCACGUGAAAAAAUCCCAUGCAAGCUCGUUGAAAAGAUUUCUAUAUCUCACGAUGUGCGUCUCUUCAGAUUUGCAUUACCAUCUGAAGAUCAGGUUUUGGGAUUACCAGUGGGUAAACACAUAUUCAUAUGUGCAACCAUUGAUGAUAAGUUGUGUAUGCGAGCUUACACACCAACGACCUCCGUUGAUGAAGUGGGGCACUUUGAUCUUGUGGUCAAGAUAUAUUUCAAGGGCGUGCACCCAAGAUUCCCUAAUGGGGGACUCAUGUCACAGCACUUGGAUUCUUUGCCUUUGGGGUCUGUGUUAGACGUGAAGGGUCCAUUGGGUCACAUUGAAUACACUGGUCGUGGUAAUUUCUUGGUUCAUGGCAAGCCAAAAUUCGCUAAGAAGCUGGCUAUGUUAGCCGGUGGGACUGGAAUUACACCAAUUUAUCAAGUGGUACAGGCCAUUUUGAAGGAUCCCGAAGAUGAAACAGAGAUGUAUGUGGUAUAUGCCAACAGAACUGAAGAUGAUAUUCUACUGAAAGAAGAACUUGACGAGUGGGCUAAGAAGUAUGACCGAUUCAAGGUGUGGUACGUUGUACAAGAAUCAAUCAGAGAAGGAUGGCAAUAUAGUGUUGGAUUCAUCACUGAGGACAUUAUGAGGGAGCACGUCCCGGAAGGAUCAGACGAUGUGCUAGCUUUGGCUUGUGGUCCGCCUCCCAUGAUUCAGUUCGCCGUGCAGCCCAAUUUGGAGAAAAUGAAUUACGAUAUCAAGAAUUCUUUGUUGGUGUUUUAAAUGAUCGGAGCAGAGAGAUGAGGUUGUAUAUACUAAUUAUUAUUUCUUUUGAAUUUGUCCGUAUGUCUCUGGUGUUAAUUAGUUUAUUCUUUUUUUCCUUAUAAAGAAAAAAAGAAAAAAAAAAUUGUUUAGUCUUUCUUUUUUGGUACAAGUAUGUGUUGCAUAGCCGGAGACAAUUUACUAGAAAACGUUAAAAGUUUUCAAAUGAAGUGGGCAGAACUUAUUGUAUAUAUAGUAUUUAAUAAAAUUUCUUCACUUUCGUAA